UGAAAGUCAUUUUAGGUUAUUUCAUAUUUGUUAUUUUCUACCGAUUUGUAAAAAAAAUUUUACGGACAUUAUAAUAGAUUUUCAGCUUUUUAUGUUUUGAAUCUCCUAUUAUUACUCGGCAUUGGCAAAAUUACCGAUAAAACACUACGGUGGCAGCCGUAAUAUAAAAGAAGACUAAAUAUUUUUACUUUUAAUAUACAAUACAUGAGUUAUUUUAAAUUAUUCAUUGUAAGUACAUGAGUUUAGUUAAUCAUCAUGGAUGACACGCCAAGUGAACCUUCUUUCUCGGGUAUGAAAAUUGGAGAAAUGGACAGGGAGAAGGACUUGACGAGCAAAUUCUUAAGUGGUGAGAUGUCGUUUGCGGAUUAUUCCAACGAAUGGUACGACCAGGAUGAUGAGGAAGAUAUCGAUGACGUGGAUAGAGAAGAUUUGGAAUCUAAUAUUCUUAUGCCCACUAAGCAAAGAGGCUUGAAAAGACGUCGUCGAUGCUUGCAGCUAUCGCCAGCUUUACUCGGACUCAUGGGUGAAGCCAAUCUUCGCUUCGUCAGAGGUGAUAAAGAGACCGCUGAAAAAAUGUGUCACGAAGUAAUUAAACUUGCGCCCAUCGCUCCAGAACCGUACCAAACGCUGGCACAGAUACACGAAAAUGAUGUGGAAAAGGCAUUACAGUUUUCAUUGUUAGCUGCUUAUUUAAGUCCUUAUGAUGCCAAUGAGUGGUUACGUCUAGCUGCAAUUUCGAAACAAAGAAAUGAUGUAAAACAAGAAAUGAUUUGUUAUACACAAGCUAUAACUGCAGAUCCACACAAUAUAGAUACACACAUGAAGCGGAUUGAGCUACUGUCUAAACUAGAAGAAAUUAAAUAUCCAGUGCAUAAUUUAAAGGUCACUAAAGUCCGAUGUUAUCAUAGAAUAGUGAAUUGCCUGCCUCCAUCUCAGAGUGAAACAAUCUUGAAAUAUGCGAAACUGGCUGCAACUAUAUAUCAUAGCAAUAAUGAAUCUGAAAGGGUAUUAGAAGUUAUGACAACAGCUUACAAAAAAUGUGCCUCAGCUUUCACCAUGGAAGAUAUUAAUAUAUUUCUUGAAAUUUUAAUUGCACAAAAAAAGUUUCAAACUUGUUUAGAGAUAUUUGUAGCUGAUGUGGGUGUUGAGAUUGAAGCAGAAAUACAAACAAUAAAAAAUCCUGAUGGUUCCAUACAUGAGCAUACAAAUUAUGUAAAAUGUUCUAUUCCCAAUGGUUUACCUAUUGACCUGAAAAGUAAACUAUUGGUAUGUUUCAUAUAUUUGGAAGCCACAAAUUUAGUUAAAACACUGCUAGAUGAUUUUUUGUCUAAUGAUGUGGAAAAAACUGGAGAUUUAUACAUGGAUAUAGAAGAAGCUCUCUCUGCAGUUGGCCACCAUGAAAUGGCAAUGCAACUCUUAGACCCAUUGGUUCAAAACAACAGUUUUGAUCUUGGUGCUGUGUGGCUGAAACAUGCAGAAUGUUUAUAUAAUUUAGGUAGGGAAGAUGAUGCUAUUGAAUCAUAUUAUAAAGUAUUGAAGCAUGCACCACGUCAUGCUGAGGCACAUAAAAGAUUAUUUGAGAUACUUGAGAAAAAAGGUCGCAUUGAUGAAGCAUUGAAGACUCUGCAACAAGACUAUAGAGAUGUGGUCAGUGCAAAAUUGUUGCAUGAUCAAUGUGUAGCAUUGAAAAAGUAUAACAGGAUGUUAAAAUAUUUAGAAGUUGGUGAAGCAUUGUUGUCAAAAACCUUUGUUAAAUUCAGACGUCCAGAAGAAUUUAGCUUAGCAUAUAAUAAACCUAAGGCUGGUAUUGAUUUGAUUUAUGAGUUUCGCACCAUGCGUGGUGAAAAACCCUAUCAUGAAGAUGAUCUUCAUUUUGAUGAGGAAGAAAAUUUCAAAUUGUCCUCCCAGGAAGAAUGGAGCUUGUUUGUAGAGUUAUUGAACAUUGCUUGUGAACAUAAACAGUAUUUUACAAUGCAGCGAUUAGCAUUUGGUGGUAUAAUGUCAAAGAACAUAUUAUCCCAUCGCUUAGAAAUUGAAUUCUUUUGUCUGCAGGCUUGUCUUAUCCGAAAUGAUUACCAAAAUGCAUUCAGAUUUAUAAGAGAAUUUGCUCAAAAAUAUCCUGGGCCUCGUAGUUGGAACCUAUUAAAUCUUGUAAUUAAUUCUGUAGAAGAGAACACUCAUUCAAAAUUUUUGUCAAGAUUAUUUCAAAAGGAUUACCAUGUGGUUAAAAGUUUGUUUCUUGGGAAUAAUUUUUUAGCUUCAGGAAGAUAUUUAGUGGCAUUGAAAUAUUUUUUAGAAUACCAUGACCAAUGUCGAGAACCGCUAUCAGCAUUAUUGAUUGCUAUUACAAUUUUGGUCAUGGCAGCACAAAGAACAUUUGAUAAACAUCAUAAUUUAAUUUUACAAGGAAUGUCUUACUUAAUGACAUAUAAGAAAUUAAGGCGCUGCGACCAAGAAACAUAUUACAACAUGGGAAGAGCCUUUCAAAUGUUUAGUAUCAAUAAUUUGGCUAUAGAAUAUUAUGAAAGGGCUUUGGCUUGCACAUCAGUUACAGUUUGUGAUAAACAUGGCUGUGUUGAUUUGACCAGAGAGACUGCUUUUAACUUGUAUAUUCUGUACAAGGACCAUGCUCCUGACAUUGCUAGGAAAUACAUUCUCAAAUACCUUGUGAUAGAAUAAGUAAUUAGUAUAAUGAUCAUUAUAAUAUUUUUAGUCUAAGCCAAUAAAAAGUUGUUGUUUAUA